AUGUUCUCCAACGCCCUAGCCCUCUUCGCCCUCCUCGCCACCGCCGUCCGCGGCGCCCCCGCCCCAGCCGGCCCCAUGGUCCCCGGCCUCCCCGCCGUACCCUCGCUCCCGAACUUCGGCUCCAGUCCCACGGCCGCCCCGGCCGUCGCAGGCGGAGAAGAAGCACCGGUCCCGACUCAAGCCCCCGGCUUCGGGUUCGGCGGUGAGGGAAUGGGCGCCGGUGGCCUAGGCGGAGAAGCCAAGGGCGGCGCCGCGCUCCCGUUCCUCGAGCCGAGGCAGGUGGUCUCGGGCGAGAGGCCGAACCCGCCUACCUUCCACACCAUCGUCCCUCUCACCCCGGACGGCAGCACGGCCACGAACCCGGUUCCUAUGGACCCUUAA